GGAUCAGAAUAUAAGUGUUAUUGAAGUUGAUGAUGCUCAUGAUGCUGAUGAAGAGGAAAUACUACCUGAGGCUACCUUCCUGAAUAAUCCGAGUGAAACAGACAAUCCAGAGACAAGGGUAAAUACCAAACUAAAACUAGAAAUACAUAUUGUACAUGCAUGCAGCAAUAGUCUGUGUGUUGUGAACUAACACUUUCGAACUAACACUUUCGAACACGCUGAGUUCAAAUCCGAAAAGUUCCCACAUGAAGUAUUUGAUGAUUAAAAACAAUAGUAGUUGCAAUGCUAACAUGAAAAUAAUAUGGGAAAAUAUUAAACAAUAAGUAUAUGAAAUUACACAGUUCGAGUAUAGCUGCAGGGGAAACUUAAAAAACUCGUGUUGCUGACAAUAGUUUGCACGGAAAUAGGGUAAAAUAUAUUUGCUUUUGAAAUACGCACAAGCUUUUUGUUAGUUAUAUUUUGGUCAAGCCACAUUUGUUGCAGGAAAAAGACCAUUGUAAGGGGAUAGUCAUUAAAUACAGUGGGGGGAGGGGGGGCGGGGGGGUUGGAGGAGAAACUGAAAUUUUUAACAAAAUUUUUCAGACCAUCUAUUACAUAAUGGACGACAACUUUGCACCACUUAGCACUUCGCUAUAUUCUCAAAUAUGCGAGUGUAAAUAGCCGAACGGAAUUAGUAACUUUGCCCGGGCCCAACAACGCCCGAACGGCGCUGUUGGCUCGGGGAUGAUAAAUUCGUGCGAAUGGCUUCACAAAACAAUAGUUACAGUGCUUCCUUAGAAGGAUAAUUUCCAUACUUCAUUGUCUUCAUGAACAACCAAUUACUAAGUUUGUUCAUAUAGGUUGGUGGCGAGACUGGCGACCCAGAGUCUACCAAGAUGCAGGACACAGAAGAAAGUGAUGAUUUACUGUAUGCCUCUCUUCUGUUCCAUGAGAUUAAUGCUGAAUAUCUAUCAGAUGAAGAUACUGAACUAAUUGAAGAAAAAGUUGAUGAAAGUUCUCCAAACGAUGAUGAAGUUGUUAUGGAUAUUAGUGAUAUUUUACAACAGAUUGCAUCUGCCAACAUCGAAAAUGAAAAAAUUUCCAAAUUCAGCAUAUGCCGCAGUAAUAUUUGCGAUGCCAUUUUUAGAGGAAUGACUAGUUAUCAGUCAAAUUUACUGAUGAUGUCGGUCUCUCUGAAGGUGCAGUGGAUAUGGGUGGGCCAAUGAGGGAAUUUUUUACUUUAUCCCUUGAAGCAAUAUUAUCAAGCAAACUUUUUUGUGGGCAAGAGCAUUCAAGGUUGUUGUCUUAUGAUGCUAAGGCUCUGAAACAUGACGAGUACGUCAUGGCUGGUCAGUUGAUUUCAAUGGCUCUAGUUCACGCUGGAGUAGCUCCUCGUUGUUUUAGCCCUGUGUUAUUUGAUUCUCUUAUUAAAGGCCAUGCGAAAGUUCAUGUUCCUAUUGAUGCUGUGUAUGAUCUGGAGCUGCAGUCGACUCUUAAAAAUUUAAUGUCUGUUGAAUCGGUCGAUGAAGCCAAUAGGUUGAUAGCAGAUAAGAAAUUAGAGGAAAUUCAAGAGCUUUCUGGCACCCUAAGGGUUCUGCGAAGCAUAAGCGAUGUUAAAGAUGUGGUCAGGGCCGCCCAGAGGGGGGGCAAAGGGAGCAAAUUGCCCCGGGUUGCUGGGGGCCCCUGAAAAAUUUUUGUAGGGCCCCAGCCUUUUUUGUGUGUUAAAUAUUUCCGCGCAAAGGACAAGAUAUCUGUUUUCUUGGGCUCAGUACCGAAUUUUUGCAUAAAAAAAUGAGAUAAAGUCCCUCGAAAGCAUUUGCAACGUACUCGUCCGGCAAAAUUUUGUACUCCGGAAAAAAUUUUUUACCCCUAAAAUGGUACACUGACCGAAAAUUUUUUGGCGACGGGGGGGGAGGUUGUUAUCCGGAAAAAAAUUUUUCCGGGAAAAUUUUUUUAGAUAGGGGCCCCUAACAAAAAAAUUUGCCCUGGGCCCCCGCCAACCUCUGGGCGGCCCUGGUAAACAUGUGGCGACUAAUCUAUUGAUUAAUGGGAAACUGAGUAAAGAUAAACAACAAAUUGCUAACGCAUUUGGUGUAUACUUUACUGAAACAGUAUCGCGGCUGCACCAAUCGUUUAGUAAUCUUUGUAACAACAUCGGAAAUAUUACAUCGCAGUGUUUUUUCAAUCGUUUAAACAGUGGUUUUGUAUUUAAAUUCGAGGAAGUGAAAGAGCAGUUUAUUCUAAAUAAUUUGCAUAAAAUUGAUGUUAAGAAAGCAGCUGGAUUAGAUAAUAUACCACCACGACUUCUGAAAGACUCUGCUAAUGUUAUUGCCAGACCACUCACAAAGAUCAUUAACGUAUCCCUCGAACAGGGAACAGUGCCUGAUCAUUUCAAACUUGCUAAGGUAAUUCCUGUUUUUAAGAAAGGACAACCCGAAAAUAUGGACAACUACAGACUGAUCUCAGUUCUUCCCACAGUGUCUAAGCUAUUAGAGAAAGCAGUCCAUGAGCAGUUGUAUACUAGAUUUUUAACAACGAAUCAUCUCUUGAAUCCUUACCAGUGUGGUUUCCGUAAAUAUCACUCAACGGAAACUGCGGUUAUUUCUCUCACAGACUCUAUUCGAAGGAACAUUGACCAAAAGAUGCUUACAGGAGCUAUAUUUGUAGACCUUAGGAAGGCGUUUGACACCGUAGACCACUCCCUCCUUUGGCCAAGUUGGAGAGUUACGGCGUAGUUGAAAGUGAACUUGAGUGGUUUAGUAGUUACCUUAACGAUCGAUCGCAAAUAGUUACCUUUCAGAAUAUGCAAUCAGUGCCAUAUAAUAUUUCGUCUGGAGUACCACAGGGGUCUAUUUUAGGGCCCCUACUGUUCGUCCUGUUUAUUAAUAAUCUUCCAGCAGCUGUUCAACAAUGCAAUGUUCUGAUGUAUGCCGAUGACACGGUACUUUUCUUCGCAGACAUGGACAGUGGUGUAAUACAGAAUGUGUUAACAACCGAGCUGGAAAAUUUGAGAGCUUGGCUGAUGGAAAACAAACUGUCUCUUAAUAGGAAAAAAACAGAGACGGUGUUGUUUGGAACUAAUGCAAACUUAUCAAAGGUAACUAACUAAUUAUGAGCUCUCAAUUGAUGGCUUUCCAUUGAAGCGUGUAACUGAUUAUUGUUAUCUUGGUAUUACUUUAAAUGCAAAUUUGUCUUGGCAUUCACAUGUUGAUAAUGUAGCAAUGAAAGUGGGCAGCAGAAUUGGCAUGUUACGUCGACUACGGAACAACCUGACCCUAAAUGCGGCGGAAACGGUUUAUAAGUCGUUCAUUCGCCCUCUUAUGGAGAAUGGGGACAGUAUUUGGACGUGCUGUGGUGAGCAAAACAAAGGAAGGCUCGAGAUACUCCAAAAGCGUGCUGCCAGAGUGAUUUCCAGGUACCCGCGAAGUGAUGACGCAAUGGAAAGCCUCAGAUGGGACCGCUUAGAAUCGAGAAGAGACGUACAUGUUCUCAAACUGGUUAAAAAAUGUAUUCUAGGGAAAUGUCCACAAUUUUUUAAUAAUUAUUUCGUUUUUAAUCGUGACAGUUCCUCGCGAAUAACAAGACAAUCAGACAAACUUCGUUUGCCUAAAGUAAGAACUGAAUGUGCAAAGAAUUCUUUUUAUUAUUAUGGAUGCAAGGUUUUUAAUAAGUCUAAUUAAGUCGAUCGGGACAUAUAGAUAGUUAGUUUAUUGUAGGGAUUUUAGAUAAUUUUAUCCUAUUAUAGAUAAAACUGUAUUGUAGAUAUACUGUAUAUUUUUCAGGGCCCCUAAGGAUAACAGUGAACAUUCACUGAUUGGGUCACUCUGUGUAAAUAAAGUUCUUACAUUACAUUACAUUACACAAUACAAUACAAUACAAUACAAAUACAAUACAAUACAAUACAAUACAAUACAAUACAACACAACACAACACAACACAACACAACACAACACAAUACAAUACAACACGACAUAAGGCAACACAAUGCUGUAUAUAAUAAAUAAUAUAGCUUUAGUGCAAAUAACAAUUUAUGGUAUAAAAUCUUUGCACGUUUCGAUUGUUUUAAUGUGGUCAUGAUAAAGCUGGUAAUGCUCGUAGUGGUGAUGAGGCAGAUUGAUGGUCAUGGUUUGCUGAUGGUGAUAUGAUGGUGUUGGUUAGGUAAUGAUGCUUGUGAUCACAAUUCGCAAUACUUGGUCAUGGUGAUAAAAUAUUUUUUAUCUAAAUAAAAUCAUUGGAUUGUUUAUUUUAAUAUGUAUAUAUCUGAAGCUGAUUACGUAAUAAUACUGUAGUGUGAUGUUUUUAAUAUAUAUCUGAAGCUGAUUACGUAAUAAUACUGUAGUGUGAUGUGAUGUUAUAAAGUUGGUGUUUCUGAUGACGGAUUGUGGAUGAGUGAUAAGUGUUGAUGAGAAUGAUACAAAUCGACAAAGAAAGUUGCAGAUAUGUUCAUAUUUUGAUUUUUUGUGAAAACUGAUUGCUUGUAAUAAUUGGCUCUUGCAGGAAGAUGACUAUUCUGACAUGGAAACCAUCAAAAUUCCACUACCCUCCGGCAGUUUGUUACUCAUGUCUGGGGCAAGUCAGUCUGAUUGGCAGGUAAAUGUAAUAUUUUUCAUAAUAAUGGUACUGGACCAAUAUUUAGUCAUUUUCAGGAUAUGACUCGUGGUUUGUGUCUAAAGUCUCAACUGCCUGAAGAAGGAUUAAAAGCAUGAACUUCGACGUUUUGAGCGAGGACCAUCCGUUUGGAGGUUGGUGCCUAGCUAUGGCAACUUCCUGUCGAAGCACUAGUUUCAGCUUGUUCAAGGAUGUUGGGGCUCAUCAGCAUGAAAAAUACUCUCUUCUCGGCAUUUUCAGUGAAAACGCUCCAGGUCCUUUCCUUUACGCUCAAAUCUCCGUAGAAGGAAGACCCUGGGAACGAGGUUGAAGCGAAGAAUCUUUGUUCGAAAGGUCGAGGUUUUUUAUAUCCAGACUGACAAGUACAAUAAUCCACAGUUCCUGAUAGUAUCUGAACCACGGUCAAUGAACCCCUAAGUUUGAUAAUUAUGUUCUGUAUAACAGUGUUUGUAAAAUAUUUAAGGCCUCUUUCGGACGUGGAACCUUUAAUUAAUAUGGUGAAUCCAGGGCUUUCAAAACAAGGCGGUGGCCGCCGGAGCGGGAGUUAUGAGGUUUACUGCCGGCAACUUUCUUUAAACAAUACUGUGCAUCCACUUCGCUUUUAAGCAUUGGCCAAGGAAUAGCAACAAUAAACUAAUCAAGUUAGAUUUGUAAGUUUAACUGUCUAUUGUCUAAAAAAAGAACUAACUAUAGUAACUAUGCCACCAAGGAGAAACGUUUAUUGGAAAUUUCUCUGCUCAUUAGCAAUACAUAAUUAUAUUCUUUUGACAAGAAUUUAAAGUAUAGUGUAACUAAGCUUAUAUAUAUAUAGCUUCUUCAGCUAAUUGACCAAGACAAAAAUGUACAAAAAGAUGAAAAUAAUUCUAGCACUGUCAUAAAAUAUUUCCUUAGACCUAGUAAAAAUAUUCCUGCAUUGAGGACAACCGCCUAUACUUUCUCACCACAGCCGCACUCACUUAAAAAGAUAACAGUAUGAAAUAUAAGUUCUCGACGAUUAAGAGAUGCCUGCGGAGGAGGUUAUGAAAGCCCUAUGAAUCUAUAUUGUAAAUAUUAAUGUAACAAACCUUUUGUUUGAAGUUUAUUAUCCUUAUUUGUUAUCCCUAUUUGCAUUAGGAUUUGAUAAAUGAAACGUUCGACGUUUAAAACAGAUCUUGACCUACUAAAUUUUGUAUUUGUGAUUUCAGCAUCGUGUACCAAAAGAAUACCACAACCGAGGACCUCGUAUCAAUCUAACAUUUAGAAACAUCAUACCUUUUGAUACGUAGUGUUUUAUCUUGUUGUAAUGUAUUGUAAAUUAAUUAUGGAAUAUGUAAUUAUAUAAUAAAUAUUAUAAAC